AUGAAUAAACCAAACAGCUAUACUAGUAUUGAAAAAUCACUACCUAACUCAAUGUUUGUUAAGCCCAUGACAGAAGAAGAGGUUAAAAAAGAAAUCCUAUCUCUUAAUAACACUAACUCGGAAGGAUAUGACGAAGAAUACACAAGACCACAAUUGUUGGAAAUUGUCAAUAGAUAUAAGCCCGAACCAGUGUAUGCUGUUGAUGCUAUUUUAAAAGGACUGGGUCACAAGAUAUCGCAUUUACCACCGUAUCAUUGUGACCUCAAUCCUAUUGAAAUGAUCUGGGCAUCAAUGAAACGCAAAGUAGCUGAGGUAAAUAUUGGCAAACCAGCCAAUCAAAUGCCAGAAAUGGUACAGGAAGCUUUUAAUUCCAUUCCCGUCGAAGAAUGGUGCAAUCAUUGUGCCCACGUCAAGAAACUUGAAGAAGAAUACAGAAGUAAAGAUGGAUAUUUGGAUGCACCUUUCAUCGUGGAAUUAUGCUCUGAGAGUGAAGAAAGCAAUUCUCAAGAUGAAAGUGAUGAAGAAUUUAAUAGCAUUGAACCUCUCGCCAUAGUUCAUGCAGAACAUAAUUAUAGUAAAAAAAUUUGA